UUUUGUAUACAGAAAUACUGUGGUUUAGGUUAGCUUACUGCAUAUUUUUGAACUCGAGCAGGUAGAUGUCUUACGUUUGUCCCAGGCGUCCCGUUAUAUUUGUAAAAAAAAUUACUUUCGAACACUGGGAAAUUUUAUGUCACCAAAUUAUUAGAUCAUUUGAAAUUAUUGAGUUAUAUGUAGAAUCUCACUGACUCUGAUUUUUUGUCAAUCAACGUUUAAUAAUGGAUAUCAACUGUGAGUUGACUGAGAGGAAUAAUGAUAAUUUUCUUCCUGAAAAUGUGGAUAUCAAAAUAGAAAUAGUUAAAGAAGAGAUGAGGGAAGAUUCCACUAUCAAAUGCGAAGCCUGCAAGGAGUCUAUAAGUGGAACAAUCUGCAUUCAUAAUUUGAAAUUUGCAGGUUCUAAUGGGAACAUAAAUGAAAUAAUGGAUGACCAAACUGUCACACUUCAGGAACUCGAAGAUUCCAAAGUUAAAUGCACCGAUUUAAAAUUCACACCAGACCAGGAAAGUUGUUUUUAUAGUAAACAGUUCCCGUCAGUUAAUACGGACUUUGUCAAAAGUGAAAUCAAUAGUGAAAUAGAGCUAGGCAAAUCAGAGGAUGAAGACGAUGUUUUUUAUGAAAAUUUUGGUGAAAAGAUAACCAAAACAGAGGUUGGUUCAAGGUCUGAACAGGAUUCCUCUGGAAAAUCUCAGAAAAAUUUUGAGACUAAUGAAAGAGUACAUGCAGAUGAAAGACCCAUUCAGUGUAAUAUCUGCUUCAGAUCUUUCACUCACUUUAGUUACUUGAAGAACCAUGAGAAAUUCCAUAAGAGAGAAACAUCACAUAGUUCUACAGUUGAUUUAGAAAGUCAUAAGUAUGAAUGUGAAAUAUGUUUAAAAUCUUUUUCACGAAGUUCUAGCUUGAAAAAACAUUCUAGAAUUCAUACAGGAGAAAAACCACAUGAAUGUGAAAUUUGUUCAAAAUGUUUUUCCAAUAGUUCUGCAUUGCUUAUUCAUUUGAGAAUUCACACAGGGGAAAAACCAUAUAAGUGUGAAGUAUGUUCAAAGUCAUUUUCCAAAAGUUUUACUUUAGUUGUGCAUUCCAGAAGUCAUACAGGAUCUUUUUCCAGUAGUUUUGGCCUAACGAAGCAUUCCAACAGUCAUACGGGAGAAAAACCUCAUAAAUGUGAAAUUUGUUCAAAAUCUUUUUCGCAUAGUUCUGACUUGCAGAAACAUUCUAUAAUUCACUCAGGACAAAAAACACAUGAAUGUUUAAUCUGUUCAAAAUCUUUUUUCUAUACUUCUGGCCUAGCGAGGCAUUUCAAAAUUCACACAGGAGAAAAACCUCAUAAAUGUGAAAUCUGUUCAAAAUCUUUUUCGAGUAGUUCUGCCUUGGAGAGACAUUCUAGAAUCCACACAGGGGAGAAACCAUUUAAAUGUGAAGUUUGUUUGAAAUCUUUUCACGCUAGAUUUGACCUAAAGAGACAUUCCAGAAUUCACUUACAAGCAAAGUCUUGAAUGUGAAAUCUGUUCAAAAAUUUUUUUCAAUACUUAUGAUGCACUGUUUGGAACCUUUGGUGUAGUAAUGAAUAUUACUGUAAUAUUAUUUUUUUGAUGGUUUUAAGUUACAGAAGCAUUCUAGAACUCACACAGGGGAAGAAAUAUGGAAAAUUUAACCUCUUCAAAAUCAUUUUUCAAUAGUUAUUGCCCAGCAAGGUAUUCAAAAUUUUAAUUAGGUGGUUUAUAAAACUGCGUGUUCUCCUAUACAUUGUCUUCUUAGGGCAUGUGAAAUUGAGAUAGUUGCUGCCUUCGUGUGAUUUUGCAACAAACUGUUCCUACAGUGGGUAUUUUUUUACAGAAAAAAUAGCAGAAUACACCUGCAAACCAAAUAUUAACUGUUGCAGACUCCUAUUCAUUCAUAAUAAAUUACUAAAUAUA